AUGCGGCCUCUGAUUUCUCGCCGUCAAGUUCGCCGCCGCCUGAACUCUGGAGCCCCUGCAAGUUCUUCUUACCGGCUCUCCUCCGGCAAGCAAGAGCCAUCACUGAGCGAGGAUACUUGGCACCGCGCUUCACUUUUUGUUGAUCGGAAGGCCCGAAGAGGGCAGACUUGUAGUGCGCUAGCUGCCAAGCUGGCAGAUUGGCUCCAAUCGCCUGAGGCGAAGGAGUGGAGGGAGGCCAGAGAAAAAAACUCUGGGCGUCUGAGUGAAAAAACUUGCGUGGUCCACGGAGAUUUGCUUGUCACAUCAUUUUUGGUUGGGGAAAUGUUUUCCUAA